ACAAAGUCCAUUUGGAUGGAAGUGAGAGCGGAGUGACAGGGGCCAUUUUGACUCUGUAGCCAAAGGAAAUGACUGGUCUGACGGGGUCUGGGAGCCGGGGUACCCAGGGUCUCGGACCAUGACAGCCAUGUUUCUCACAGAUGACCCCAGAUUUCUGCACUCUGGGCAGUAUGUCAGGUGCCACUGGACUUGAUCUGACACCCUUUACCUAAAGGAUGGCCAAAGGGCUCUUGGUGACCUAUGCCCUUUGGGCUGUAGGAGGCCCUGCUGGGCUCCACCACCUGUACCUGGGGAGGGACACUCAUGCACUGCUCUGGAUGCUUACCCUGGGGGGUGGCGGGCUGGGCUGGCUCUGGGAAUUCUGGAAGCUCCCGAGCUUUGUAGCUCAGGCCAACAGACCCCAGAGGCAGAGGCAGAGCUCAGUAGGGAGGACACCCCCUCUCAGUUUCAUUCGCUUUGUCGCCCAGGUGAUAGUGGGCAUCUAUUUUGGCCUGGUGGCUCUCAUUAGCCUUUCUUUCAUGGCCAACUUCUAUAUUGUGGGCCUCCCACUGGCAGUUGGCUUAGGGGUCUUGCUUGUGGCUGCUGUUGGCAACCAGACCUCAGACUUUAAGAAUACACUAGGGGCAGCAUUUCUUAUUUCCCCUAUCUUCUACGGCCGCCCCAUAGCCAUCCUUCCCAUCAGCUUGGCUGCCAGCAUCACAGCCCAGAAGCAUCGCCGCUAUAAGACUUCAGUUGGGCCAGAGACACUCAGUGUCCGGCUCUACCGUCUGGGCUUGGCUUACCUUGCUUUCACAGGCCCACUAGCCUAUAGCACCUUCUGCAACACAGCAGCCACCCUUAGCUGUGUGGCAGAGACCCUUGGCUCCUUUUUGAGUUGGUUCAACUUCUUCCCCCUCCUUGGCCGCAUCACAGAGUCUGUCUUCCUUCUGCCUUACCGGAUCUGGAGGCUGCUGGUAGGGGAUCCUGGUUUCAGCAACAACUCCUUCCGUGAGUGGGAGAAGCUCUAUGAGUUUGUUAACAGUUUUCAGGAUGAGAAGCGUCAGCUGGCUUACCAGGUUUUGAGUGUCUCAGAGGGGGCAACAAAUGAAGAAAUACAUCGAAGAUACCGGGAGCUAGUGAAGAUCUGGCACCCUGAUCACAACCGACACCAGACAGAGGAGGCUCAGAGGCACUUCCUGGAGAUCCAGGCUGCAUAUGAAGCCCUGAGUCAGCCCAGAAAGCCCAAGGCAUCCUGGAGGUGAGAAGAAAUUGCCCCUUGAGGGUGGACUCUUCCUGGCAGAGCUGAGCAGCUUGUCCCAACCCAGCUUUGCCCACACAGGUCAUCCCAACAGCAUUGAAGAACUGGUCUGUUUGCAGUGGAGAUGAGAAAACCUUAAAGGAGUGAGAAAGCUAUUGUAGUGGAAUAACGUUUCUAUUUUGAAUUUCUCAAUUGUUGGUUAUUGUAUUCCUGAUAAGUUCUUCCUAAAACUAGAUAGUGAAAUUAAAGGCAUGUUAUAAAACCAAUAAAAUAUCUUUUAGAGAAUAUACAACCUUGCCCACCCUGGUACA